CUUUGGGACCAAGGACUGCGUGACACAUUGUAUAGCCGACAUACUAUUGCAAGUGUGUUGUAUGUAAUAUAUAUCUAUAUAUUCAGGCGCCUGUCAAUAAAUUUCCCCUUCAGCGCUCUCCAUUCAUCCAGGUGCCAAGAUGCCACGCAUAGACAACGACAUCAAGCUGGACUUUAAGGAUGUUUUGCUGAGACCGAAGAGAAGUACCUUAAAGUCUCGCAGUGAGGUGGACCUAUUUCGUUCCUUUACAUUCCGAAACUCUGGUCAGACUUACAGAGGUAUCCCUAUUAUUGCAGCCAACAUGGACACAGUGGGGACCUUUGAUAUGGCUCGAGCUAUCUGCAAGUUUUCUCUGUUCACAGCGAUCCAUAAACACUACUCAGUUGACGAAUGGAAAGAGUUUGCCACUAGUUCCCCUGAUUGUCUGGAGCACGUGGCCGUGAGCUCAGGUACAGGACAGUCUGAUUUCCAGCAUUUGGAGGCAGUACUGUCUGCUGUUCCUAAAGUUCGUUACAUCUGUUUGGAUGUUGCUAAUGGAUACUCAGAGCAGUUUGUUCAACACGUGAAAGAUGUCAGAGCCAGAUUUCCAGAACACACAAUCAUGGCUGGAAAUGUUGUCACUGGGGAAAUGGUGGAGGAAUUGAUCUUAUCAGGGGCAGAUAUCAUCAAGGUUGGAAUUGGGCCAGGGUCCGUCUGCACCACCCGCAAAAAGACUGGGGUCGGCUACCCACAGCUGAGCGCCGUCAUUGAGUGUGCAGAUGCAGCUCAUGGACUGAAUGGACAUAUUAUCUCAGAUGGGGGCUGCUGUUGCCCAGGAGAUGUAGCCAAAGCAUUUGGAGCUGGUGCGGACUUUGUAAUGCUAGGAGGAAUGUUGUCUGGACACACAGAAUCUGGAGGGGAAAUAAUCGAGAAGAACGGACAAAAAUAUAAAAUCUUCUAUGGGAUGAGUUCAGAGACAGCAAUGAAGAAACAUGCAGGAGGAGUGGCUGAAUACAGGGCUUCUGAAGGAAAAACUGUUGAGGUUCCUUACAGAGGUGAUGUGGAAGGAACCAUCAGAGACAUACUUGGAGGAAUCCGUUCUACCUGCACCUACGUAGGUGCUGCCAAGUUGAAGGAGCUGAGUCGUAGAACCACCUUCAUUAGAGUUACCCAGCAACUUAACCCUGUGUUCAGCAACCCAUAGAGCUAAACGCUUUAAGUGCAUUCAGUUACUUUAACCGCACUGUUCACUGAAGGCAUAUCCCUUUGAAGCGGUUACUUUCCAGGUUUUGAAUGUAGUGCUUACAAAAACCACGUAGCUCUAUGGUAUAUGUAGUAAAAUCAACAGUUUCUGCUUUUAUUCACAGAAAGCAGACUAUAUGGCAGGAUAGUGAGUCUUAAGCUCAUUUUGUUUCUAGAUUGGUAUACUACUGACUUUCUUUUUCUGCGGCCACAAGUGGAUCUAGCAGAACCACCCCCUGCAAGGGCCACUUGUUCUUGAUAUGAAAAACCCACACAAAAGCUGCCUCAUUAUUAAAGUUACAAUGAAUUAAGAAUGGAAGAAACCAUAUUUAGGGGUGUGUUCAUUUGACCUGUGCCAAGAACUCUACUGGUGCCAAGUUAAUGCCUACCUACCUAUUUAUGUGCAAAGUGGUACAGUCACCAUAGCAGCCAGUGGAAUAUUCCUGUUCAUUGCUCCACUUUGGCCACUUUAUACCAGAACUGAUUUUUGUGAAUAACCCUCUAGUUUAGGUGUAUGUUAUCUGGCAACACUGCGUAGCUCACUUGUUAUCUUUACUAUACUGGCAUUCCAGCAAAAGGACCAAAAUCUACUGCGGGGUGAGGGUAUUGUUUAUGUAUAUUAGAAGUAGCUCUCUAUUAAAAAAUCGUUUUAACAAUAAUGUAUUUUAAUAAUAAGUUAAAUACAUUUUUCAACAACCCUUAA